AUGGUAAUGGAAUUAGGAAAGAAAGAAGAAGGAAUAAUAAGAAAAGGGCCGUGGAAGGCUGAGGAAGACGAAGUACUGAUAAACCAUGUGAACAAGUAUGGUCCGAGAGACUGGAGCUCCAUUCGAUCCAAAGGCCUUCUUCAGCGAACCGGAAAGUCUUGCCGUCUCCGAUGGGUCAAUAAGCUUAGACCUAACUUGAAGAAUGGUUGCAAAUUUUCACUUGAGGAGGAGAGGGUGGUGAUAGAGUUGCAGGCAGAGUUGGGGAACAAGUGGGCGAGAAUCGCGACGUAUUUGCCCGGGAGGACCGACAACGAUGUCAAGAAUUUUUGGAGUAGCAGGCAGAAGAGACUCGCCAGGAUUCUGCACUCAUCUUCUUCUUCUUCAACUCCUAAUUCCACCAUAAAUAAAUCACAUUCACAUAAUAAUAACAAUAAUAAUAAUAAUAAACAUAAAAGGCCCAUUCCUAUUGCUGCUCAUAAUGAAGUUCCCCCACUGCCUAUGGAUCAGUCUGGUAUGCAGGGUCGAAUUUUCUCUGCUUCAUCCGCAGGAGAAUUGUCGUCAAAGGUACCAUCAUACACAUCAUCCUUCAACGAGAACUCCUCCGAAAUCAAAAUGGUGUCGCUGCCGGAUCUCGUCAACCCAAAACUGCUUAAUUUCGAACAAGAUCUCGGUCAACCAUUGUUCAACUGUUCUACCGAGAAGAAUCCAUGCAUCGAUACACAACCAUUAAACCUGAAUCCUUUCCCUCCAAUGUCACAAUCCCAAUUGGAACUCGCAUUUCCAUCUGAAGAACACCAGGACUUUUUGGCAAGGUUUGGUGAGCCUUACUUUGAUGUGUUUGGAUCUCUGGAGGCUUCAAAACUUGGAAAUGGAACAGAAAUUCCAUUUUGCAUACCACCAUUUCUUGAACCAGUGGGAAAGCCAGACAAUUUGAGUCCUACCCCCGACAGCCUCUUCGAUGACUUCCCGGUUGACAUGUUCGACCAGAUCGAGUCGCUUCCUAGCCCACCACCACCAUAGCCGCGACUAACAAUUACAAUUACACUAUU